UCCCCACUCUCCACUACGAGGCAUGCUUGGCUUCUCGUUCCCUUCCCACGCUGCCUGAUUCCGCAAUCGCCCCCCACGAUAACAAACUCACAAUGGACUCGACAGUCGCAGUGUCCUCCGACGAGAACGCCGAAGUAGCUAGGUCGAUCGUGCCGGUGGUGGCCCCUGUGCCGCCUCCGGUUGUCGAGAAAGAUCCUCCGAUCACCCCGGCCGCUGGUGGCGCCGACGACGGAAGCAAGGUAGUGCGCUCCGUGGUGCGAAGGUGGAAGAGGGAGGACCUCUUGGAAAAGGUCGGGUUAGUGCUCCGCGCGCUGGCUUGGGUCUUCUCGCUCGUCGCCGUCGCCUUGCUGGCCUCCAACAAGCAAGGCGGAUGGAUGAACUUCGACCGCUACCAGGAGUACCGGUACUUGUUGUCGGUCGCGGCGAUAGCCAUGGUGUACUCGAUGGUGCAGUUGCUCAGGCAGGCGCACCGGUUCAUGACCGGCAAGGAUUUAGCGCCGUUGACGUACUCCUGGACAUUCGAUUUCGCCGGAGAUCAGGUGAUGGCAUACUUGCUGAUCUCUGCUUCAUCUGCGGCCAUCCCAAUUACAGAUCGCAUGCGACGGGAAGUAGUGAAUAGCUUCACUGAUAUAUCAGUAGUCGCAAUCAGUAUGACUCUCUUGUCAUUUGUAGCACUGGGUUCAUGUUCUCUUAUCUCUGGCUUCAAAGUUGCUAGGCGGAGUUACUUUUAGUUGUGUAUCCCUCAACUCCGCUCUGCGCCUCUGUAUUAUAAGUUUCCCACUAUAUGUGUACUGAUACACCCUUGUUGUACUUUGUUAGAGUAUAAACGGACUUUUUUUUCCCUUCCA